AUGUCUUCUUCAAUACUAACCUCAACCUUAAAGCCUUUACCCAUGGCUGACUCCACCUUUCUCUCCCACCCUUCACUCUCCACUACCAUCCACUCCUCAAAAACUCGCUGCUUCUCAAACUUCUCUCUCCUCACCGGACGAACUAACCUCCCUUUCUCCUUCUCCCACCUCUCCCUCUCUCUCAACUCCAAAACCCACCUCAAAAAACCAACCUUUAUCUCCUCUGUUGCACAGACUUCUGAUUGGGCUCAGCAAGACGGGGAGGGAAGCGGAGAUGUGAGCGCUUCGGUCGCCGUUGAGGAGAACGAGCCUGAAGCCACUUUCUUGGAAGAGGAAGGAGAUGUGAGUGAAGGUGGUGGUGGUGGUGAUUUCCAGGAGCCACCGGAAGAAGCGAAGCUGUUCGUUGGGAAUUUGGCUUAUGAUGUUGAUAGUCAAGCCUUGGCUAUGCUAUUUGAGCAAGCUGGUACUGUUGAAAUCGCUGAGGUUAUCUACAAUAGGGAAACCGAUCAGAGUCGUGGAUUUGGAUUUGUGACAAUGAGUACCGUAGAAGAAGCUGGGACAGCUGUUGAGAAGUUCAACCGUUAUGAUCUGAAUGGACGGCUUUUGACAGUAAACAAGGCAGCUCCAAGAGGAUCACGUCCAGAACGUCAACCUAGGGUAUACGAGCCUGCAUUCAGAGUCUAUGUUGGAAACCUACCCUGGGAUGUGGACAAUGGUCGUCUAGAACAAGUUUUCAGUGAGCAUGGAAAGGUGGUGGAAGCUCGUGUGGUUUAUGACCGUGAGACAGGUCGUUCACGUGGAUUCGGGUUUGUCACAAUGUCUAACGAGACUGAACUCAAUGACGCUAUCGCUGCUCUUGAUGGACAGAACAUGGAGGGUAGAGCAAUCAGAGUGAAUGUAGCGGAGGAGCGUCCAAGGCGAUUCUAA